CGCACAAAGGACUAAAUGCUGGCUGCAUCCUCCAGUAGCAAGGCACUCUCCUCUUCCUCCUUCAGCUCUGAUCCUCUACAGCAGCCUGUUUGUCUGUACACUACAGCAGGAUGCUGUUUCUUCACCCCUGAUCUGUUCCCGGAAACAACCCUUGUGCCAUCCUUGCCAGCAGUACCAUCAGCACGAGCCGGCUGUGCACCUCAUAAGCACCGGAGGCGCAGCAGCAGCGGACGUGACAGUGUUGCCAGGCCUCCGACGUUGCCCUCAGCCUGUAGGCCAGGCCGCAAAAGAGGCAGCAUGGAGGUGGGCAUGCGUGUGGUGCGCGGCCUGGACUGGAAAUGGGGGAACCAAGAUGACGGCGAGGGCCACGUGGGCACUGUGGUGGAGAUUGGGCGUCAGGGCAGCACUACAACUCCUGACAAGACAGUGGUGGUGCAAUGGGACAGCGGCACACGAACCAACUAUCGUACUGGCUACCAGGGAGCCUAUGACCUGCUGCUUUAUGAUAAUGCUCAAAUUGGGGUGCGUCACUCCAAUAUCAUCUGUGACAGCUGCAAGAAGCAUGGAAUCAUGGGAAUGCGAUGGAAGUGCAAGGUGUGCUUCGACUACGACCUGUGCACUCAGUGUUACAUGAACAACAAGCACGACCUGAGCCACGCUUUCGAGCGUUACGAGACGGCGCACUCCCAGCCAGUGAGCUUGGCACCGAGGCAGAACCUCCCGCGGAUCAUCCUCAAAGGAAUCUUCCAGGGGGUUAAAGUGGUUCGUGGACCAGACUGGGACUGGGGCAACCAAGAUGGUGGGGAGGGUAAGGUUGGGAAGGUAGUGGACAUUCGUGGCUGGGACAACGAGUCUGGUCGCAGUGUGGCCAGUGUUACCUGGUCUAAUGGCACAACUAAUGUUUACCGAAUGGGCCACAAGGGCAAGGUAGACCUCAAGUAUGUGACAGACGGCCAAGGAGGCUUCUAUUACAAAGAUCACCUACCAAAGCUCGGAGAGCACGCAGAGCUGCAGCGCCAGGAGAGUGCAGACGGCCAUUCCUUCCAGCAGGGCGACAAGGUCAAAUGUCUCUUGGAGGUGGACAUCCUACGACAGAUGCAGGAGGGCCACGGAGGGUGGAACCCCAAAAUGGCAGAGUACAUUUGCCGGAUUGGGACAGUUCACAGAAUCACUGACCGAGGAGAUGUCAGAGUACAGUACAGCAACAAUAUCCGCUGGACUUUCCAUCCUGGGGCACUCACCAAGGUGAACACGUUUGGAGUUGGGGAAUUAGUGAGAGUAUUGGAGGACAUGGAGAGCGUGAAGAGACUGCAGGCUGGUCAUGGAGAAUGGACAGACAGCAUGACUCCUGUGCUGGGCCAGGUCGGCAAGGUGUUGAAAGUAUAUGCAGAUGGUGACCUACGGGUGGCAUUUGGAGGCCAGACAUGGACAUUUAACCCAGCGUGCCUCUCAGCCCAACCUGUGGAGGUGGAUGCCAACCUUAUGACAGCCGAGAACCCCAGCGAAUCUGGAAGCACUGUCAUCUCAGUGCUGGAGAAGCUGCUGUCUCAGUCCACAGAGCAAGACAAUCCCAGCCGGCUAGUCAUCGAGGCAGCGCACGGCAGUGCCAGUAAGGUGCGAGAGCUGGUGCAGAAGUAUCCUGACAAGGUGGAUAUCAAGAACCAAGGCAAGACUGCACUGCAGGUUGCUGCUCACCAAGGCCACAUGGAGGUGGUGAAGGCCCUGCUGCAGGCCAAUAGCUCAGUUGAGAUCAAAGAUGAAGAUGGAGACACAGCACUGCACUACACUGCUUUUGGCAAUCAGGCAGAGAUCGCGCGGCUGCUGUUGAGUAAAGGGGCAAACGUCAACCUCCUCAACAACUCCAUGUGCACGGCGCUCCACAUCGCCGUCAACAAGGGCUUCACUGACGUCGUGCGGGUGCUGACUGAACACUCUGCUGAUGUCAAUCUCCAGGAUUCAUACGGGGACACGCCACUGCAUGACGCCAUUGCUAAAGAUUUCCGAAAUAUCAUUGAGAUCCUGGCCGUGGUGCCCAAUAUUGAUUUCACCCAGCAGAACCACAGAGGGUUCAACCUGCUGCAUCAUGCUGCCCUCAAAGGAAACAAACUGGCCACAGAAAAGAUCCUGGCCCGAGCACGGCAGCUGGUCGACGUUAAAAAGGAGGACGGCUUCUCUGCGUUGCAUCUUGCCGCUCUCAACAACCACAAAGAUGUCGCAGAGAUCCUCGUCAAGGAGGGCCGCUGUGACAUCAACAUCCGCAAUAACCGCAACCAGACGCCGCUUCAGCUGGCGGUGACGCAGGGCCACACGGAGUUGGUGCAGCUGCUGGUGGAGGAGGGCGCCGAUGUCAACAUGGAGGAUGAGGACGGUGACACAGCCAUGCACGUGGCCCUCCUUCGCCCGCAGCUGGCCAACGUUGUGCUCAGCCCGUCCGUGGGAACCAGCAGCACAGAGGAGAGCAGCGACGGAUGUUCCUCCACAUCUCUGUACUGCAGGCUGAACUCCACAGGUCUUCUGGGGAGUGCUGAGCUGAGCAUAGGCACGGCGAUCGCCUGUUUUCUAGCGAUGGAAGGUGCUGACAUCAGCUAUGCCAACCACAAGGGCAAGAGUCCUCUGGACUUGGUGGCAGACAGCACCAUGCUGCAGCUCAUCAAGAGCUUUGCUGAGAAGCACAGGUUGCAACGCCUGCAGGCCAUCACAUGCGGACAGGGCCUGAGCAGCGCCAGCCUGCGGCGGGUCCACACGACGCCCAACACCAUGACCAACCUGGUUCUGCCAAUGCCGCCUGGGCCCAGCGAAUGCCUCAUCUGCUCCGAGCUGGCUCUUCUGGUUCUCUUCUGCCCCUGCCAGCACAGUGUGGCCUGCGAAGAGUGUGCGCAUCGGAUGAAAAAGUGCAUCAAAUGUCAGGUUACAAUCACCAAGAAAAUUAGGCAAGACCAAACGGAGGUGGACUGCAGCCCUGGCACUGAGAACUCGGAGCAGCACAACCUGCUCGAACAACUGCAGUCUCGCUACCGGCAGAUGGAGGAGCGGAUGACCUGUCCCAUCUGCAUCGACAACCACAUCAAGCUGGUCUUCCAGUGCGGACACGCCUCCUGCAUCGACUGCAGCGCCGCACUUAAGACCUGCCCAAUCUGCCGGCAGACCAUCCGCGAGCGGAUCCAGCUGUUUGUCUGAGCUUCUCUUUUCUCUCAGCUCUCAGAGGAUAGUGAAGGGGGGGGCUGGAGAGAAGCGAGGGUGGGGAUGGGUAGUGG